AUGAUGGAGGUAAACAAAACACAGGUGACAGAGUUUGUUCUCACGGGACUUACAGAUCUUCCAGCGCUUCAGGUCCCCCUGUUCCUGGUGUUCUUGGUCAUUUAUCUAACCACCAUCAUGGGCAACCUUGGUCUCAUUUUUCUCAUCUGGAAAGACCCCCAUCUUCACACACCUAUGUACUUACUCCUUGGCAGUUUAGCCUUUGCAGAUGCUUGUUCUUCAUCAUCUGUGACUCCCAAGAUGUUAAUUCAUUUUUUGUCAAGGAAUCAUAUAAUAUCCCUGGUUGAGUGCAUCACCCAAUUUUAUAUUUUUGCUUCCAGUGCAAACACAGAAUGUUUUCUCCUGGCAGUGAUGGCCUACGACCGCUAUGUAGCCCUCUGUAACCCCUUGCUUUAUCCAGUGGUGAUGUCCAACAUCCACUGCAUUCAGUUAUUAGGUGUUUCAUAUAUUAUUGGAUUUCUUCACCCCAUGCUGCAUAUCGGUUUAUUACUUAGAUUAACUUUCUGCAAGUCCAAUGUAAUACAUUAUUUCUACUGUGAAAUUUUACAACUGUUUAAAAUUUCUUGUACUGACCCUGGAGUUAAUAUGCUCCUGCUUUUUAUAUUUUCUGUGUUUAUACAAUUUUUCACCUUUAUGACCAUUAUAGUCUCUUACACUCAUGUCCUCUUUGUCAUCCUAAAAAUGAAGUUUGAAAAGGGCAGAAGCAAAGCCUUUUCUACAUGCAGUGCCCACCUGCUCUCUGUUUCCUUGUUCUAUGGCACUCUAUUCUUCAUGUAUGUGUGUCCUGGGUCUGACCUCACUGAAAAUCAGGAUAAAAUGUAUUCUUUAUUUUACACAAUCAUAAUUCCUCUCCUGAACCCUUUUAUUUACAGUCUGAGGAAUAAAGAGGUUAUAGGUGCCUUGAAGAGAACAAUAAACAAAUAA